AUGGUCCAUCCUAAUAACACGACCGGAGGAAUCCAAAUAGCGUUGGAAACUUCCGAUACCACGCCGGGAGGAUAUACGUCAUGUCCUAAGAACCAGACUCGAGGGUUGGAAGACCAGGACAAGAACCCUCGGCAGCAGUCCAUGGACCACACAGAAAGCAAUGACUUCAAACGGCAGCCUCGACGCAAGACUCGAGACGACAGGUACGAGUAUAAAGGGCUCGUUCCAGCAAACGAGCAUGCGUCACGGUCUCGCAGAUAUAGGAAAAAGCGGUUGCACCGGGCUAGAAAACAUACUCUAAACGAUGAGUUUCAUGCAUCGAAUGUUGCCUCACAAAGGUUGACUCUCCGAGUCAAUACAAACAUGGGAAUUUUCAAUAAAGGGAAAGCAUCGUCUCCGAUCAAUCUGCGUGGUGGUCUUGGUACCAGGUUUUGUGAGGAGCAAUUUCUCUUGCAAAACCAUAAAAAGCCCUCGGAACUGCCGGUCUCUCUGGACGAGCAACGAGGAAAUAUUCCGGAGAAGAACAACGGCCACUACCAGCGAUUGUCUCAUUACUUUGCUCCCCAGCCGCGAGAAGACAUCGUUGGUAUGCCAACCAGGACAAAAAAUGGCCCACAUCAAAUUCCUUCUGAUCGAAGAGAGACCAGCAAGAUCUACGUUCGUCAUUGCGAGCAACCCGAUUCUCUGGCUGCAGGUCCAGAUAUACGAGGGGACUGCCGCGGUACACAGGAUAUCAGAGGGGAUCCAAAAGAGCGAAUGGGCCAAAGGGAUCAGGGGUCUCGAUCUGCAACUCCAUAUACCUGGUCUGAGAGUGAGCGUCUGGGAUCGUAUCCAAGCUCACAGCUGAACCAUGUGGUGGAGCUACGUUUGCUGGAUAUUCUACAUACCGGCAUUUCUGCGCAUGAAGACAACCGAGGGGUUGUUACUCCUCAAUUACAAAGAGUUUACCACAGCCUUCAAGACCUCAAAGGUCUACUGGAAAGCCGCAAAUCCUCCUGGGAAACAACUAGUCCCACGGUGUGGAAUCCAGAAAAUGGGAGCCCACAGCUAACUAAAGCGGUGCUUGACGAUGAAGUUGAGCAGCAACAAGGGUUGUCGUUAGCUACUUUUCAGAAUCCCACCUGGGAAGCGCCCACAGCAGAUUCACACCCAUGUCACACCAGUGAAAACCUAUCCAGCAUCUUCUUCAAACAAGGAAAUGACCAGCAACUGGAUUCGUUGUCCUUACUCGACCCACAAGAGUCGUUUUUGUUUCCAACUACAGCAAAAUCGCCUCCCGCUACACCCCCUACUGGGUUUUGGAAGAAGAAUAUGCUGUACUGA